AUGGAAAAGCUUAUCCCACUCUUCAAUAAGCUUCAGGAGGUCCUCAUUUCAGCCAACAUUUCCCACAUCAUCAGCUUACCUCAAAUAGUAGUCGUAGGGUCUCAGUCCUCAGGUAAAAGCAGUGUUUUAGAAAGCAUCGUCGGUAAAGAUUUCUUGCCUAGAGGCUCUGGAAUUGUCACAAAAUGCCCACUGCGUCUAAAGCUGGUAAAAACCCAAGAAUCUCAAGAAUACGGCAUUUUCUCUCACAUCCCAGAUUCAUUUUUCGAUAACUUUGAUGAUAUUCGUGAAGAAAUAAAGAAUAGAACGACCGAUCUUGUAGGUAAUGGCAGAUCUAUAUCGACCCAGCCUAUUGAUUUGACUAUUUAUUCCCCUAACGUCCUUGAUAUCACUAUGGUCGAUUUGCCAGGGAUCGUAAAAAUUUCAGUUUCCGGACAAAGCCGUGAUAUUGAGACAAAUAUCCGUGAUAUGAUUCUACAAUAUAUUUCGAACCCUGACACUAUUAUUCUUGCUAUCUCAGCAGCAAAUAAUGAUUUAGCGAACUCAGAUGCUUUACAGUUGGCUCAUUUGGUAGAUCCAAAUGGAGAAAGAACUAUUGGUGUACUUACAAAAAUUGAUAUUAUGGAUAGAGGAACUGACGCUGUUGACAUGCUGAAUGGCACAGUUUUCCCACUUAGGCUUGGAUAUGUAGGAGUUGUAUGUAGAAGCCAAGAAGAUAUCAAUAAAAAUGUCCCUAUGAAAAAACACCUGGCAAAGGAAGAAAAAUUUUUUAGAGAAAGUCCUGUUUAUGCAAGAUAUGCAGAUAGGCUAGGAAUCAGGUAUUUAACAAUGAGGCUGAAUAAGAUUUUGCAAACUCAUAUAAAUAAUAGUAUUCCAACAAUAAAGAAAAAGGUUAAUGACGAGCUGGAAGCUAAUAUAUCAAAGCUAAGAGAAUAUGGAGAAGCCUUGUCAACUAGAGAUUCUAAGACAGGUGUCCUGCUUAGUGUUAUCCAAAAGGUAGCCAAAAGCUUCCAAGAAAACAUAGAAGGUAAAAAUGUAAGAAACGUUACUGAAGAACUUAUGGGCGGCGCCAGGAUUAAUUAUAUUUUCCAUCAGAUCUUUGUCAGUGGUAUUGCAAAAAUUGAUCCUUUACAAGAGUUAAGCGACCAAAAUAUCCGAACUGCAGUUAUGAAUGCAACUGGGCUUGGAAGCUCUUUAUUUAUCCCAGAAUCAGCGUUUGAGAUAUUAAUUAAAAGCCAAAUUCCUAAGCUCCAUGAACCAAGCUUAAACUGUAUGAAUUUGAUAUAUGAAGAGCUAAAGAAUAUUAUUUAUAAAAUAGAAAUCCCUGAGCUUGAAAGAUUUAAGAAGUUAAAAGACGCGGUUUCAGAUGUCAUAAAUCAACUGUUGGCAUCUAGACUGAAGCCUACCAGAAAAAUGAUAGACCGGCUAAUAGAUGUGGAAGGAGCUUACAUUAACACACACCAUCCUCAAUUUAUAGGCGGCUCUAAAGCUCUUAUUGCAGCCCAAACUCAGCUUAAGCCAGUUGCCCAAGAGCCGAUUAUCGAUAAAAGUAUUAUUCCUCCCCCUCUAAUACAAAAGAAAAAAGAAGAAACUAUUAUGACCUCGUCUUCCUGGUUUUCCUUCAGAUCUCAAGAAACCCCAAAAAUUGAGCAGGAAGAAGAAAAAAUCCCUGAAAGGCAAAAAAUCAGCUUUGACUUUAUGAGUCCUCCGUCAAGCCUGCAGCCAUCUUCAAAGAUGACAAAUGACGAAAAAGAGCAAAUAGAAAUGAUUAAAAUUUUGAUAAAAUCGUAUUUUGAUAUUGUCAGGGUUAAUAUUGGCGAUUUGGUACCAAAAACUAUUAUGGGAUUUCUAGUUAAUAGGUCAAAAGAUGAGCUCCAAAGAGAAUUGGUUAAAAAAUUAUACAAAGAAGAGUGCGAUGAGUUAUUACUCCCCCCCCCCCCUCCGUGAGCGAACAAAACCAUUAGAAAAAUCGCCAUUUUUUGACCAAAAACCCACCCUCCGUGAGUGAACAAAAAUUUUUUUAAUAGAAAAAAUUUUAAUGGAAAAAAAUUUGGAUAUAUAAGUGAUAAUUAGUAUAAUGAAAUCUAGAGCUAAUUCUGUUUAAUUUUAAACAAAUUGCGUUUUAAAACAUAAAUUUUGCAAAUUAAAUUAAUAUUUGCUUCCCAAUUUUUGCAAAUUAGGAUUUUUUUAAAUUUCGAAAAAAAUAUUUUUUAUAAAAUUUAUAUAUAAAUUUUUUUUAAAAAAAAAAAUAACCCCCCCUCCGUGAGCGAACAAAAUUUUUUUGUUCGCUCACGGAGGGGGGGGGGGGGAGUUAGAAGAAUCUGAUGGAAUUGCUCAGGAAAGAGAAACGGCUUCACAAGCUGUAGAUGGGUUGAGGAGAGCUAUUCAUAUUUUGAAUGAAGUCAGAGAAUAUAAAAUAAAUGAAUAG